UCCAAUCAGCUGUUGUACUUUCACCGCAAACAUUUCUCCGCAGCGGCGACAACAUCCCAUUCCAUUCUUAUAGAAAAUCUGCUGUAAAUUUAUCUUAAAACAAAUAAGAUAACGAUGGCUGCAACAGCUCCUGUGAUCAUGCGUGUCAUGGCGUCAUCCAUAAGCACGGCAAAGCGAGCUGGAGGAAUCAUUCGAGAUAUUCUCAAGAAAGGCGAUCUAGGAAUCGUGGACAAAGGAAAGAACGAUGACUAUGAUCCCCAGACAGAGGCGGAUCGGCUUGCACAGCGCAGCAUCAUCGCUUCGUUAACUAAAAAGUUUCCCAGUGUGAAGAUCAUUGGAGAGGAGGGUGGCUCCGACCUGAAUGUGUCGGACGAUUAUCUCGUGACCGAGCUGGACGAAGGAUUUCUGCAACAAAGCUGUCCAGCGGAGUGGAAAGAUGCCAAGCCGGAAGACUUUGUAAUAUGGGUUGACCCGUUAGACGGAACAUCAGAGUACACACAGGGAUACGUAGAACAUGUAACUGUAUUGAUCGGCAUAGCUGUCAAAGAUUCUGCAGUGGGCGGCAUCAUCCAUCAGCCCUUCUACCAGCAACCCGAUGGUGAACUGGGUCGCACCAUUUGGGGCCUAAAGGGCUUGGGUACGGGAGGAUUCACAGCAAGCCCUGCUCCACCAGGCCAGUUUAUCAUAACCACCACUCGUUCGCAUUCCAAUGCACUGCACCAGAAGGCUCUAAAUGCAUUUGCUUCCACUGAAGUUCUAAAAGUCGGAGGUGCAGGAUUUAAAGUGCUCCAACUUUUAGAGGGAAAGGCUCACGCUUAUGUCUUUGCCACGCCAGGGUGCAAGAAGUGGGACACCUGCGCUCCCGAGGCCGUGCUGGAAGCACAGGGCGGAUGCCUUACCAACAUAAACGGCGAGCACUAUGUUUACAAUGCCGAUGUUGAGCACGCAAACCGCCAAGGAGUGCUGGCCAGUCUGGGACAGAACCAUUAUGAACUGGUCGCAAAGAUUCCCGCCGAGGUGAGAGCGGCUGUAGGAGCUAAACUUUGAAUUCCAGCACUUUAUUAGUUUAUUUGCACUAAAAGUAAACACAUAAAUUAAGGAAUAACAGGUUAGAAAUUUUUAAAAUUGUUACAACUGAGAACAAGACUAUCUUUAUUUAUCGAAA